AUGCCGCAACACCUGUCUUCAAGCACAGCAUUUGCCUACACAGCCGGUCGAUGGCUUCACCUGGACAAACUACAACGCGACGCGCGGUACAUUGAAUUUAAUUUGGAUCGCCUAUGUGAAAGAGUGCUCUCUCUCUGCCCGUCCGCGACUUCAAUCAAAAGCUGUCAGAAGCUGGAGGGAGGGUUCAGUAGGGCAUUCAUCAUCACGACCAACGAUGGAAGGCAGGUUGUUGCCAAAUUUCCCACGUCUGUUGCUGGUCCAGCCAGAUAUGUGACGAACUCUGAGGUGGCAACAAUUACUUACUUGCGACGACAUACUAAAGUCCCAAUUCCAGCCAUUCUGGAUUGGUGUGAUGAUCCAACGAACCCAAUCGGGUCGGCGUACAUUAUCAUGGAACACGCUGGUGGUGUUCAACUGCAGGAAGUAUGGGUGGAUCUACCUGUGCAUGUGAAAGUGAAAAUUGUGGGAGCAAUUUGCUUCAGUAUUCUGCCAAUAUCUGAACUUGACUUUCCAGCAUAUGGCAGUUUGUAUUUUGCUGACACAGCAUUCCUUGAUGCUGAUUCUAUGCAGAGAAUUGAUACUGAUGAUCAAUUUUGUAUUGGACCUCAUUGUAGAAGCACUUACUGGGAUUGCAAUGUUGGAGAACAAAGAUACUAUGCAUUCAAGAAACCGAAUAGGGGACCCUGGCCCGACCUCUCCUCAUAUGCCUCUGCGUUGAUCGAUGUUGGCUUUUCAAGGCUGCCACCAGCUGAUCAUCCCACCCUCCAGCUGCCGCAAGCAUCCUAUCAGGGUUCCCUGAACAAACAUUUGGAGCUGCUGGAUGUUGCUCAGGCCUUGUUUCCCAAGCUGAUACAGCACCCCGAAAUCCAGUCCAAUGCGACACCUACCCUCUUCCAUCCAGACUUACAUAUGAGAAAUAUUUUUGUGUCCAAAGAUGACCCAACCACUGUGACUGGGUUCAUUGAUUGGCAGUGCACCAGUGUUGAGCCGUCAUUCUAUUACGCGGACGACGUGCCUGAUUUUGCCAUGGUUCCCACAGAGGAAACACCGGAGAAUGCGACAGAAAGUUUGUGCAGCCAAGCAUAUGAGGGGGGGUGGGCGCUUCUGGCUCCAAGGCUAGGCGCGACCAGGAAGAUCGAUGAAUCGCUCCUCCGCCCGUUCCGCUACUGCCAUCGCACAUGGAGAGAUGGCUUCGUUCCAUUCACCUAUGAACUGAUGCGGUUAAGAGACAGGUGGAAAGAGAUCGGGUUCACCGACGACGACGACUGUCCCAUCCCUCCGUUGAGUGAGGAAGAUAUGCGCCUCUACGAGAAACAGCUGGAUGUCUAUGAAAAGAUACUGCAGCUCAAGCGGGAUGUGAUUACGACGCUGGGUGUGGAGGAAGAUGGCUGGGUGUCUGCGGAUCGUUGGGAGGGAGUAAGGCAAGCCCAUCGAGAUAUCUAUGAAACCGUCAUGGCGAGCAUGGAGGAUGAUCAGGACAGGGAGGAAUUGAAAACGUUCUGGCCGUUCGACGACUAUCAUGUAGGGCAAUAGGGCCGAGGUCUCUUGUGUCUACACUAAACUAUAUGGCUGGAAAAAUGUUGGGAAAAAAUUUCACUUCAUGUCCCGAGCUCUGAUAUGCUUGGAAAUGCAGGCAGGCUGAAUUUGUGAUAUGUGUGGGUUGCUUAACUGAAGCCAUGGCGUAUCUCACGAUUCCCUCUCUCGGCUUACCGGGCACAACGGUGGUCCUUGUUUGUUCCUGUUCAUGGGGUUUACAGAAUUGGUGCAUCGUACUAGUAUCCAAUCUCUUGCAUCGCCAAUUCGGAGACUCGCAUAUAUUCGCGCGUGCACAAGUCUGAUAGCUAAGGGACACGAUAGAGUCCCCGCAGGGCCAGCAGGCGCUGUACGGAAGCAUCGCAAGACCCAGCCCGGAGAAUUAUUCAUAUGGGAAGGUUUUUUUGCUGGGGUGGAGAAGCAAGAUGACAAAAAAUAUCCACCUCCUC